UAACUAAAAAUCGUGACCUUUGAUUAAAGAUAAGAUUAAGAGGUCUGAAAAUAAGGCAAAAUUUCUCAAGAUGUUGAAACUUGUGGUAGUAUUUGCAAUUUAUUGUGUUGCAACAAGUUUUGCGGUGACUUUGACUCGCUACACUGACUGCGGGUCAAAGGCAGAUAUCCAUUCCAUAGUGUUGGAACCAUGCAACAGCGAGCCCUGUAUAAUACACCAGUUACAGAAUUAUACAACGCAUAUCAGGUUUACACCCAAGGUUACCCAUCAGAAUGCUAAUAACUUUGCAACGGGUAUAAUAGCUGGAGUGCCAACACCAUUCGCAGUGUCACCGAAAAAUGCCUGUGGUAAUGGCUUGACAUGUCCUAUACAGGCUGGCCUACAACAAACAUACACAGCCACCGUUCAGUGCCCUAUUACCACACCGCUACGAAUUGCUGCCAAGUGGGAGGUCAAAGACGAGAAUAACGAGGACAUCAUUUGUUUUGUAUUUCCGACUACAAUUGUAAAACACUGAUCAAUAAAUUGUGUAUAAUACCUA